AGUGCGGGUUGAUGUUUCGGUCAGGGCUGCUUAGUGUGUGGACACUUGUAUUUUCAUCAGGCAUUAAGCAGAUGUACAAUUGUUCUUUAAUCAACAAAUGUCAACUCUUCAAGCCUCACGUUUAAGGUGGAUUUAACCUCAACAUCUGUAUGAUUUCCUCUCCUCGCUUGCAGUGUUUGUAGAAAAUGUGCAAGACAGCUAGCUAUAGCUAACAACGAUGCUAAUGUGGUUUGAUGAUAAUACUUUAGGCUUGACAAUUGGAAGGCGCUACUUAUCUUAACAACUGAAAAACUUCCAUUUAUCGCUGUUCGAAAAGCUCAUUCGGUCAGGUAUUUUUUAGUUUCCCGUUGAUGGUCUAACUAACACACGGAAUGCCCAAUGCCAGCACUAGACCAAAGCGGGGUAGGAGGACCCGACGGCAACCAAGAGAGGAUCCCGCCAGAAACGAGCUGGUUUCUCGGUCCCUAGAGAGUGCCCAACAGUGCUUGUUUAACCAAGACUAUGGGACUGCCUUUGUCCACUACCUCCUGGUCCUCAACCUUGCCCCUAUGCUUAAGGACUUUGCAAGGGAGUCGUUCAGAUUCACUCUGUUCAAAUGGGCUGACGAGCUGGACUCGGUGGGGCGCGUUCAGGAUCUCUUUAACUGUUUCGAACAAGCUCUGGAGCUCUUUCCUGCCGAUGAGGUUAUCUUGAACAGCAUGGGUGAGCACCUCUUCAGAAUGGGUUUCCGGGAUGAGGCUGCCGGUCAUUUCCACAAGGCCCUCAAGCUGAAGCCGGACUAUCCCGAAGCGAGGGAGAACUUCUACCGCGUGGCUAACUGGCUGGUCGAGCGCUGGCACUUCCUGAUGCUCAACGACCGCGGGAGGAACCAGAAGUAUCAGCAAGCCAUUCAGAAGGCGGUGGAGAGGGGCUGUAACACUGUACUAGACAUAGGUACUGGCACAGGGAUCCUGGGCAUGUGUGCAAAGAAGGCAGGAGCUGCAGAAGUGUUUGCCUGUGAACUGUCCAAGACCAUGUAUGAACUGGCCUGUGAGGUGGUGACGGCGAAUGGGAUGAAAGGAGGAAUCAACAUCCUUCAUAAGAAAUCUAUGGACAUGGAGGUGCCUAAAGACAUCCCACACAGGGUUUCCUUAGUUGUGACGGAGACAGUGGAUGCAGGGUUAUUUGGAGAAGGCAUCAUAGAGAGUCUCAUCCACGCCUGGCACCACCUGCUUCUGCCACCACAGCAGAUAUCCGAUGACAUGAUGUCCCUGGAACCUUCAAAGACAGGCCGGGUCAUUCCGGCCGGAGCCACAGUGUUCGGCAUGGCGGUCGAGAGUGUAGAGAUCCGCCGGCACCAUAGGCUGUGUGUGUCUGAGGUCGGGGGUCUGUCCCUGGGGGCCGCGGGCCAGCUCCACAGCCCUGUGAGCUGCACUGCGGACGCAGACGACUCCUUGGAGCCCUACACCACGGAGAGGCUGAGCAGGAUCCCCGGAGGAUACACGGCCCUCACCGAGCCCUUCAGGGCCCUGGACAUAGACUUCAACAACGUCACGGAGCUGGAGGGGCUGAGCUCCAGAGAGACGCAGCGGCUGCACCUGCCCGUCACCCAGGAGGGGAACCUGGAUGCCCUCGCCGUGUGGUUCCAGCUCCACCUUGACCAGGAGAGCAGCCUCUCCACUGGGCCCCAGGAGGACACCUGUUGGGAGCAGGCCAUCUACCCCAUCCAGAACCCCAACAGCGUUGCCCUGAGACCCGGAGACCAGCUGGUGGUGGACGUCUCCUGUCGAGACGCCUUCCUGAGGCUCUGCAGCAUUUCCGUGGUGAGGGACGGCCACGAGAUCCGCCUCGAUCCGCACCUCAGCGUCGACACCCAGCAGCCGGGUACCAACCCAAACCCAACGGCAACUGCCGCUCCCGCUCCCGCUCCGACCCCCGCUGCCACGCCGACCCCGACCCCGACCCCGGAGUCGGAGCUCUGCAGCGCUCUCGCCGGCCUCCAGACCCACCAGAGCCCGCCCCGGGAGACGUGCGUGCUGGAGUGCUCCGAGAUAGCCCUGCUCAACAACAAACACUACCACCAGAGCUUCAACCAGGCGCUGGACACGCUGUUGACUGGCCUGGCGCUCGCCAAGGAGAACAGCAGCGCCGUCGGGCCUGUGAACCCCACCACUGCCACCAGCACAACAACCCCCUCCCCGAGCAGCGCCGCCGCCGCCGCCGCCAAGGACCCCAACGACGACCUCCUCUACUUCCUGGACGUGUCGGAGGGCUUCUCGCUGCUCCCCCUGAUGGCGGCGCGCCACGGCCACGUCAAGGCCUACAGCUCGGUGGAGAAGAGCCAGCACCAGGACGUCCUGCGGAGGCUGGCGGGGGCCAACGGCGUCCACGAGCGGAGGCUGGAGUUCUGGCUGAACCAGGCGAACGAGGAGGACCCGGCGGUGCUGAAGAGGCCCUCCCGGGAGAAGCUGUGGAGCGCCAUCGUCCUGGACUGCGUGGAGACGUGCGGCCUCAUACGGCAGAGGCUGAUGGAGAAGGCUUCACUGGCCAGUUGUCUGCUGGAGGAGGGGGGACGUGUGUUUCCUGAGAGGAUAGUGCUGUACGGCAUGCUGGUGGAGUCGGACACGCUGUUGCUGGAGAGCGCCGUCCAGGGACAGGAGCCCACGCUAGGCUUCAACAUCGCCCCCUUCAUCAACCAGUUCACUGUACCAGUCCAUGUGUUUCUAGACUUCUCCACCCUGGACUGCAGACAUCUCAGUGAGUCUGUGGAGCUGUUUGUCCUGGAUCUCAUGAAAGCCAGCGCCAACUACACAAACAGAGAGGUCAAGGUGCGGGCCACGUCGUCGGGCCGGGUGACGGCGGUGCCCUUCUGGUACCAGAUCCACCUGGACCCGGAGGUGAGCGUCAGCACGCUCAGCCAGGACUCCCACUGGAAGCAGGCGGCCGUGGUGCUGCAGCCCUCCCUGGAGGUCCGCGCCGGGGACUGGGUGUGCCUGGCCGUGCAGCUCCACAAGAGCAGCAUCUCAAUGUCAGCGCGGAUAGACAGCGAGGAUGCCUCUGCGGGGCUCCCCGCCGUCGCCAUGACAACCAGCUAGGAGCUCCGACCAAGGCCGUUUAAGGCCCGAGCUCCGUUGUGUCGACUAGUUUGUCAGUAUUGUUUCUAUGAAGGUUAAUUCUUUUUUCUUUUUUUAUUAAAGUGAAUAGUUUUUCCAAGGUAUUUUCUGCCCUACUAGAUACCUCUGUUAGGUUAUUUAAUUUCAGCAUCAAUGUUAUCCACAAGUGUCCGAGCUUGUGUAAAACUACAGGAUCCUUUUCUUCUGUACUCAACAACCCUUUUACAACGACAUUCCUAAUAAAUAGUCCUUACAAAUUAUACAUCAUGUCAAGAUGAGGGAUCAAUUAAUGACGUCCUCCAUUUUGAACAACAUCUCACCAAAAGUGGAAUGUAUUUCUAUUUGCAAUAGAAAAAGCAUGUCAUUGUUAUUUCGUUUUUUUCCUAUGAGGGUGUUUGCCCAGUGCCAAGCCUAAUGCAACUCUAGCAGUGACCUCUUACCUCACAACUGACCCAUGUGUAAAUGUUUGUGCCAGUUGAUUUUCUUUCAGUUGACUUUAAACACAUAUUAAAGACACUGAGCAUAAA